AUGGUCUCACAGCUUAUUUGGGCUUCUAUUCUCCUCGCAAUGAAUAUAAAACCGGUAAUACAACUGGGACGAUCAUCUGGGAUAUUAUUACAUAUAACAUCAUUACCGUCACCAUAUGGAAUUGGUGAUUUGGGUCCAGAAGCUUUUAAAUUUAUUGAUUUUUUAGUAGAAACAAAACAAAAAUUAUGGCAAAUAUUGCCUAUAUAUCAAACCAAUUCACCCUCACCUUAUUCAAGUGUAUCAGCAUUUGCAGGUCAUUCAUGGUUAAUAUCACCAGAUAAAUUAUUAGAAAGUGGUUUAAUAUCUAAAGACGACUUAAUAUCAAUUGAUCGAUCAAGAUUUAACCAAUCAUAUGUUCAUUUUCAUCAAGUAAAGAAAAACAGAGAGAAGAUACUAAAAAUAGCAUAUCUUAAUUUUAAAAAUAAUAAUUCGCAAGCAUCAGAAAUUUUAAAUGACUUUUUUCAACGUGAAAAAUAUUGGAUUGAUGAUUUUACAUUAUUUAUGUCAAUCAAAGAAAAGGUAACACAAAUUAGUCUUUUAAUGAAUUUAUUCUACUAUUGCAUAAGUAUAAUAUUUGGUUGA